AUGAUGCUAUUCCUUAUUGCUGGUAUGCUUUUCGGCGUGCUCGUCUCGUUCGGGUAUCGCCUAACGCCCUUGCUGUUCAGCCCGAAGAGAGUCACUCUAGCCUUUUCCCCAGCCUCGCUCCGAAUAGGGGAGAUCGUACUAGCCGUCAUGGGAAUGGUUGUAAAAUCUAUCAUCUAUGCGAUUCCUGGCGUUCCGCGCAUAAGGCUCUCUGGACUAGGGCUCGAUUCACCUUUCAUCAUAGAUGCGGAGGAUUUUGCUCGGUAUCAACUCGCGAUUGGACAGGAAAGCAGCUUAGAGACGGGGAUUUCCCCAACUCAACUCAUGCUUUUCUUAUCGGCCAUGACUGAACCGGCGAUGCUUCUCCUACUCGCCAGCCCAUGGUGUCCGAUCAGUCCCUUAGGUGCCGUAAACGUUCGCAACAGAUUUGAACUAUUGCGCCCUGAUCUAUGCGACCCAUCGACACUCACGGACAUGAGAACAGCACGUUUGAAGGCGGUAGUACACAAAGACCCAAGGCAAGCAAAACGAGGCAUUGAGUGGGAUUUGGAGGUCAUGAUUGAUCUUCCGACCAAAGGGAACAACAAAACUGUGGAUACCAUAUUUCGACAGACCUUCAGCAUGCUAGAGUUCGCCAAAGUACAAACUAAGAGGACUCCGAAGAACCUUGUGGAGGCAGUAUCCAGUGCAGUGACACCACACUCAGCUGGAAGUAUUACGCGAAUAUCGCUGUCCGCGGACGAUCCGCUGAAAUGGGCUGCGAUAUGCAAAGAUUACAACUUCAUACACCUAUCAGGACUGGCUGCGAAGAUCUUCGGGUUACCGGGAAAGAUUGCGCACGGAAAUCAUUCCGUCGCUAAAGCUCUGCAGCGCUUGAUGAACUUAGGAGGCUUACGACAGCUGCUCAACACCCCCUUAUGGAUGGAAGUGCAGUUCAAAAAGCCGAUGGUUGUGCCCGGUAUCUUCGACGUCAAUCUUCACGAGUCUAGCCAAACUAGCAACAGGAUUUCAGUAUCUCAUUCGGGGAAGGACUAUGCUAUAGCUGAGUGUGGUAGCCUCCAGUCAUGA